CCUUUAGAGAUUUGCAGGCAGACUUGCCCUUCUUAAUUAUGAAGUCACCAUGGCGGUUAUUUAGAAACUCUCCCUAAGUAUUGCAAGGAAGAGAAUCUUAUAAGUCCGAUUAUAUGGUGACGGCCGCCAUUGUCAUUUCUUGUACUUGAUAGAAGCAUCAGUCACUGGAUCCUAUUCUUUGCUCGUCUAAUCAAUUCUUUCAUUUUCUCUCUCCUGGGAUAUUCUAUCAGAAAAAUGGGAAGGGCUCCCUGUUGUUCUAAGGUUGGCUUGCAUAGAGGUCCGUGGACUCCAAGAGAAGACACUUUGCUUACCAAAUACAUCCAAGCACAUGGUGAAGGCCACUGGAGAUCCUUGCCUAAAAAAGCUGGGCUUCUUAGAUGUGGAAAGAGUUGCAGAUUAAGAUGGAUGAACUAUCUAAGACCAGAUAUCAAGAGAGGGAACAUAACUCCUGAUGAGGAAGAUCUUAUUAUCAGAUUGCAUGCGUUACUUGGAAAUCGGUGGUCUCUCAUUGCAGGAAGGCUUCCCGGUCGAACCGAUAACGAGAUAAAGAAUUAUUGGAACACUCAUCUCAGCAAAAGACUUAGAAACCAAGGAACCGACCCAAACACCCAUAGGAAAUUAUCAGAUGACCGAGUUACUCAAGAUGCAAGGAAGAGAAGAAAUAGCAAGAACAAUAACCACAAAAAGAACCAGAAUUAUAAAAAUAAGACCAAACCAACUGUGGAGCCACAAAAGCACAAGGUCCAUCUCCCAAAGCCCAUCAGAGUUACUUCUUUCGUAUUACCAAUAAAUGAAAGUUUUAAGUUCAAUAAUUUAUUCAGUACUGUUUCAAAUGGCCAUGGAGAAUUCAGUACAGAAGUUCCUUGUUGCAGUUUCAAAGAUAGUGAUAAUGGUCAUGGAGCUGGAUUUCUCGUGGGCGAUCACGAUGACGACAUAGUCAACGGAAGUGAUUUUGAGUACCAAAUAUCUCAGGUAUUCACCGGUGAAAACACGUUAGAGAAGCUUUACGAAGAAUAUCUACAGAUAUUGAAGGAUGAAGAUGACCAAGUGCAGCUAGAUUCCUUUGCGGAGUCAUUAUUAAUUUGAAAAAAAAUAGAAAAAAACAUUUAGUGGGCUUGUGCAUGCUGAUGUAUCGGUUGGUGGAAGGAAUUCAAUUCUUCCAUAGAAGUUUUAAUCCUGUUAGCUUUUCACGUGCUUACCUUCUAGUUCCAGCCAACGUUUAUGUAUUUAAUAAAUAAAUAAAUAAAAUCAUGAUUGUUAAUAGUGAUA